AUGCGCGGGAGCCCGCCGAGGCCCCUGGCCGCGCUGGCCCCGCUGCUGGCGGCCGCGCUGCUGGCGGGCUGGGCUGCGGCAGCCAUGGACGAGUGCGCGGACGAGGGCGGGCGGCCGCAGCGCUGCAUGCCCGAGUUCGUCAACGCCGCCUUCAACGUGACCGUGGUGGCCACCAACACGUGCGGCGCCCCGCCCGAGGAGUACUGCGUGCAGACCGGGGUGACCGGGGUCACCAAGUCGUGUCACCUGUGCGACGCCGGGCAGCCCCACCUGGCGCACGGGGCCGCCUACCUGACCGACUACAACAACCAGGCCGACACCACCUGGUGGCAGAGCCAGACCAUGCUGGCCGGGGUGCAGUACCCCAGCACCAUCAACCUCACCCUGCACCUGGGAAAAGCCUUUGACAUCACAUAUGUGCGCCUGAAGUUUCACACCAGUCGCCCUGAGAGCUUUGCUAUCUACAAACGUACCCAGGAAGAUGGGCCCUGGAUUCCGUACCAGUACUACAGUGGCUCUUGUGAAAAUACCUACUUGAAAUCCAACCGUGGUUUCAUCAGGACAGGCGGAGAUGAACAGCAAGCAUUGUGCACUGAUGAGUUCAGUGACAUUUCUCCUCUCACUGGAGGCAACGUGGCCUUUUCAACAUUGGAAGGAAGGCCCAGUGCCUACAACUUUGACAAUAGCCCUGUGUUGCAGGAAUGGGUAACAGCCACAGACAUCAGAGUAACCCUCAAUCGCCUGAAUACUUUUGGAGAUGAAGUGUUUAAUGACCCCAAAGUUUUGAAGUCUUAUUAUUAUGCAAUUUCUGAUUUUGCUGUGGGUGGCAGGUGUAAAUGCAAUGGACAUGCAAGUGAGUGUGUGAAGAACAACUUUGAUAAGUUGGUAUGUAAUUGCAAACACAACACCUAUGGAGUAGACUGUGAAAAGUGUCUUCCUUUCUUUAAUGACCGGCCAUGGAGGAGAGCAACUGCAGAGAGUGCCAGUGAAUGUCUGCCUUGUAACUGCAAUGGAAGAUCACAGGAAUGUUACUUUGACCCUGAACUAUACCGUUCUACGGGCCAUGGUGGCCACUGCACCAACUGCCAGGGUAAUACUGAUGGUGCCAAUUGUGAGAGGUGUCGGGAGAAUUUCUAUCGCCUUGGGAAUGAGGAAGCAUGCCAGCCAUGCCAUUGUAGCCCUGUUGGCUCUCUCAGUACACAGUGUGAUAAUUAUGGACGAUGUAGCUGUAAGCCAGGUGUGAUAGGUGACAAAUGUGAUCAGUGCCAGCCUGGAUUCCACUCUCUUACUGAGGCAGGAUGCAGGCCAUGUUCUUGCAGUCCUGCUGGAAGUACGGAUGAAUGUAAUGUUGAAACUGGGCGUUGUAUUUGUAAAGACAACGUGGAAGGAUUCAACUGUGAGAGGUGCAAACCUGGGUUUUUUCACUUGGAGUCAUCCAAUCCUCGAGGCUGUACCCCUUGCUUCUGUUUUGGGCAUUCUUCUGUCUGCACGAAUGCGGAAGGAUACAGUGUUCACUCAAUCACCUCUACUUUCCAGAUAGAUAAGGAAGGAUGGCGUGCUGAACAGCGGGAUGGCUCUGAGGCUUCACUCCAGUGGUCUUCUGAGAGCCAGGAGCUAUCUGUGAUCUCAGAUAGCUACUUUCCCAUAUACUUCAUUGCACCUGACAAGUUUUUAGGUAACCAUCUGUUGAGUUAUGGUCAGAAUCUCACUUUCUCCUUUCGCGUGGAAAGGCGGGAUACACGACUGUCUGCAGAAGAUCUGGUCCUUGAAGGAGCCGGUCUUAGAGUAUCUGUUCCCUUGAUUGCUCAGGGCAACUCCUAUCCAAGUGAGACCACUGUGAAAUAUGUUUUCAGACUUCAUGAAGCAACAGAUUAUCCCUGGAGACCUACUCUUACUCCUUUUGAAUUUCAAAAACUACUAAAUAAUUUAACUUCUAUCAAGAUUCGUGGGACAUACAGUGAGAGAAGUGCUGGAUAUUUGGAUGAUGUCACCUUGGCCAGUGCUCAGCGCGGACCUGGGGUCCCUGCAGUUUGGGUAGAGUCCUGUACCUGCCCUGUGGGCUAUGGAGGGCAGUUUUGUCAACUGUGUGUCUCAGGAUACAAAAGGGAAACACCUAGUCUUGGACCUUACAGUCCUUGUGUGCUUUGUACCUGCAAUGGACAUAGUGAGACCUGUGAUCCUGAGACAGGUGUUUGUCACUGCAGAGAUAACACAGCUGGUCCGCAUUGUGAAAAGUGUGCCGAUGGCUACUAUGGAGAUUCAACAACUGGUACUUCCUCCGACUGUCAGCCUUGUCUAUGCCCAGGAGGCUCAAGUUGUGCUGUUGUGCCCAAGACGAAGGAGGUGGUAUGCACCAAUUGUCCUACUGGCACCACUGGUAAAAGGUGUGAACUUUGUGAUGAUGGCUAUUUUGGAGACCCUCUUGGUGAAAAUGGCCCCACGAGACUUUGCCGACCUUGUCAGUGCAGUGACAACAUUGAUCCCAAUGCAGUUGGAAAUUGCAACCGCUUAACUGGAGAAUGCCUGAAGUGCAUCUAUAACACUGCUGGCUUUUAUUGUGACCGCUGCAAAGAUGGGUUUUUUGGGAAUCCCCUGGCCCCCAAUCCAGUAGACAAGUGCAAAGCUUGUAGUUGUAAUCCUUAUGGCACUGUGAAUCAGCAGACUACUUGUAAUCAAGUAACUGGGCAGUGUGAGUGCCUCCCUCAUGUCACCGAGAGGGAUUGCAGUGCCUGUGAUCCUGGAUUCUAUAAUCUACAGAGUGGACGAGGAUGUGAGAGAUGUAACUGUCAUGCUCUCGGUUCUACCAACGGCCAGUGUGACAUACGCACUGGCCAGUGUGAAUGUCAGCCAGGCAUAACAGGUCAACGCUGUGAGCAGUGUGAGCCCAACCACUUUGGUUUUGGACCUGAAGGUUGCAAACCAUGUGACUGUCACCCUGAGGGGUCGCUUUCACUCCAGUGCAAAGAUGAUGGUCGUUGUGAAUGCACGGAGGGUUUUGUGGGAAAUCGCUGUGACCAGUGUGAAGAAAACUAUUUCUAUAAUCGGUCUUGGCCUGGUUGCCAGGAGUGUCCUGCAUGCUACAGACUAGUGAAAGAUAAAGUUGCUGAGCAUCGAGUGAAGCUCCAGGAAUUAGAGAACCUUAUAGCAAACCUCGGAACUGGAGAUGAAACAGUCACGGAUCAGGCCUUUGAGGACAGACUGAAGGCAGCAGAGAGAGAUGUUAUGGACCUUCUGCAGGAGGCUCAGGACAUCAAAGAUAUAGACCAGAACCUGAUGGAUCGGCUCCAGAGGGUGAAUAAUACCCUGUCCAGCCAAAUCAGUCGCUUACAGAAUAUCCGGAACACUGUGGAAGAGACAGGAAAUUUAGCUGAGCAAGCCCGCACACGAGUUGAGAGCACAGAAAGGCUCAUUGAAAUUGCUUCCAGAGAACUGGAGAAAGCAAAAGUGGCCAUUGCCAAUGUGUCAGUUACCCAACCAGAUUCUGCUGGGGAUCCUAACAACAUGACUUUAUUGGCAGAAGAGGCUCGUAAACUUGCUGAACGACAUAAAAAAGAGGCUGAUGACAUUGUACGAGUAGCCAGGACAGCCAAUGAUACAUCAACUGAAGCCUAUAAUCUGCUCUUGAGGACUUUGGCCGGAGAGAAUCAAACAGCAAAUGAAAUUGAAGAACUUAAUAGGAAAUAUGAACAAGCAAAGAACCUCUCCCGAGAUCUGGAGAAGCAGGCUACCCGAGUACUUGAAGAGGCAAAACGAGCUGGAGACAAGGCUGUAGAGAUUUAUGCUAGCGUUGCCCAGCUAACGCCUGUGGAUUCUGUGGCCCUUGAGAAUGAGGCUAAUAAGAUAAAGAAAGAAGCAGAGGCCCUGGACCAAAUGAUGGACAAGAAGCUAAGGGACUAUGAGGACCUCCGGGAAGACAUGAAAGGCAAGGAGCUUGAGGUGAAGGACCUCCUGGACAAAGGAAAGACGGAGCAGCAGACAGCUGACCAACUCUUAGCCCGAGCUGAUGCUGCCAAGGCUCUUGCUGAGGAAGCUGCUAAAAAGGGGAAGAAUACGUUACAAGAAGCCAAUGACAUUCUCAAUAACUUGAAAGAUUUUGAUAGACGAGUAAAUGAUAACAAGACAGCAGCAGAGGAGGCCCUAAAGAAGAUCCCUGCCAUCAACCGGACAAUUGCUGAGGCCAAUGAAAAGACACGAGAGGCGCAGCUGGCCCUGGGCAACGCGGCUGCAGAUGCCACUGAAGCCAAAACCAAAGCCCACGAGGCAGAAAAGAUUGCAGGGGCUGUGCAGAAGAAUGCCACCAGUACCAAAGCAGAGGCAGAAAGAACUUUUGCAGAUGUUACGAGUUUGGACAAAGAGGUGGAUGAAAUGUUGAAACAAUUACAAGAAGCAGAAAAGGAACUGAAAAAAAAACAAGAUGACGCUGACCAAGAUAUGAUGAUGGCAGGAAUGGCUUCACAGGCUGCUCAGGAAGCAGAGAUUAAUGCAAGAAAGGCCAAGAACUCUGUUAGUAGCCUUCUCACCAUCAUCAAUGACCUCUUGGAACAACUUGGGCAGCUGGACACAGUAGACCUGAACAAGCUGAAUGAGAUCGAGGGCACCCUGAACAAAGCCAAAGAUGAAAUGAAGGUCAGUGAUCUUGACAGAAAAGUAUCUGAUCUAGAAAAUGAAGCCAAGAAACAAGAGGCUGCCAUUGUGGACUACAACAGAGAUAUUGAGGAAAUCAUGAAAGACAUUCGCAACCUAGAAGACAUCAAGAAGAGCUUGCCAUCGGGCUGCUUUAACACCCCCUCCAUUGAGAAACCCUAAAGGCAUGUCAGCAGGGCGGGGGCGGCCUUCCCGCAGUGACCGGUGCAGUGGUGGCGAGGCUGUGGAGCGCCUUCGCACACAGAUGACCUUCUUCAGACCCCUCCUCUCUGCUGCUCUUGGUCGCUGUUCUUUAUGAACUAGGAAAAGUUGCAAAGUUCAAAGAGAGGCAAAUUAAAUUUCUAUCUUUGGGCAUCAAAGGGUUUUCUUUUAUAAAGUCUCUCUCUUCCACCCUCUUCCUACCUUACCUACAGUCUCCCUUUUGAUUUGCACAAGGACACAAAGUGUCCUGGAUUACAGUACAGUGGUACAGAUGCAACUGUGCGUGAACCAUUGUAUGACAAGGCGCAGGAAGCACAUGCUCUUGCUUCUCUAAUUGCCACCUAAAAGACCCUCCUCAGCCCUAGUCAGAUCUCUUCAUUUUUUUUUUUAUGAAGGAAACAGUGGCUACUAAAGUAGCAAUGGAAAGGCUUGGAGAGCCCCACCUCCAGAGAAAGGAAUGAUCCUCUGGAGCCCUGCCCCUCGUUCAGCAGAAUUUUAAAGGAAAUCAACCUCCCUGUGCCAAAAGUAAUGUCCAGUUAGAAUUUUGGUAGCAGUCUACCAAGUGUUUUACCAUCUGUUCUGAGUGCAAUACACUGAGCCACCUGCUGAUUUUAAAAAGAUGCUGUUAUUUAUAUUGUUAUUUAGCAGCCCCCAGGACAGAAGAAGUGGGCUUAAAGUUUUCCUCAAAAGCCUCUCAUGGCCUGAAAAGCAAACCAUUUCCCAAAUUUUUGGGUAGUCAGCUAAUUCUCUAGGCUGGCAGCUUGCAAGAUGGGAAUCUGUUUUGCAUUCACCAAAACACUUGCAUCCCUCUGUGUGAAGUUAAUAUAGAGAGAUUUUAUGUAAGAAUGAAAUAACCACUGAAGUUUUGUGUUUUGUUUUUUUUUUUUAAGGAAAAAUGAGUCAAUACUUAGCAGUUUUUUGGGAUAUAUAAUAGUUUUGGAGGUAGUGUUAAAUCAUCAGGCAGAAUAAUUGGUCACUAAGAUCUUGGUUAAAAAAAAUCCUUUUUAUUCAUAUCACUUACAAAAGGAUAAAAAUUUUUGCUCAUUUGGAAUUAUGUCAAGUUCCCUUACAUUCUCCUGGAGAGAGAUGAAAUUCUAAACCCUUUAGUCCUGUCUUCUCAGUGUUCCCACCGUCAGAAAUCAAAGAGUACCCUGUUUGUGUCUAAACCUUGGUGGCUUAUCAGUUGCACUCUCUGUAUGUCCCACAACUGCCACCAUCAUCUAGAAGCCUCCACCUCAUAAUUUUCACCUGUUGCAAAAACUCUCUCUCCUUUAUGUUGAGGGAAAGCACUCACGGGGAGCUUCCUAGUCGGCUUUUCCACUUUUUAUCCUCAGCCCUGUGAUUUUUCUCCAUAGAUCACAGUACAGAGGCCCUCUUCUUACGCCCUGACUCCCUGCCUUUGAGAUUCAUAUAUAGCCUUUAACACUAUGCAACUUUGUACUUUGCGUAGCGGGAAAGAAACUAUUAUCUGACACACUGGUGCUAUUAAUUAUUUCAAAUUUAUAUUUUUGUGUGAAUGUUUUUUUGUUUGUUUUGUUCAUCAUAAUUAUAGAUUAAGAAAUUUAUGUAAAUAUACUUGGUCCUGUUUCCAGAGUGAUAGUGUCUGUUCUCCUCUUCCCUCCAUAUUUCCUUUUAACCAGCACAACAAUUUGCAUCACGCUUUCUCGUGCCUCUUACUGUUUCUUCCAUUUAUAAUUCCUCUGGAUUAAGUAUUCCCCUCUAGUGCCCUCCUUUGUACCCACUGCCUUGUGUUUGCAGUAUUUGUAAUCCAUAGUAUUGGUAGAUAACUGUUUACCUGAACACACGAUCUCUGAAGAUAAAAGAAUCCCUCAGACAUCCCCCAGAUACAGCACCAGGUUACCCUGAACAGUUACAUCUGCAGACUAUAGAGUCCUUUGUGUCUGUUAUGUAAUAGCAAUGCAAAACUGACUUGGGUGUAGUAGAAUUAGGGAGUGCUACUAUAAGGGUCUGCAGCACUGUUAUGGGUCCAGGUAGAAGUGUAUUUCCUGGAUGUCAUCCCUGUGUGGGUGUAUGUGAAAUGUGAGAGCUUAACUGUUAGAUUUCCAUUAAGGCAUCAGGGACAGUGCUAUAGGAGGGUAGAUGGGGGAGGAUACUUAGUCUUUGAAUAUGCCUCUCCCCUUGCUAUCCCCUAGGGCAUGCUAGAGUUUACCAAAAAUUCUGUGACUUGGCAUUCCUCUGCCCUUUGACACCUUUGCAUCUCCCAGGCCCCUCUUGCUACCAUAAAACCAGUUGCUUUUUUUACGCCAAGUUUUCACAUCAGUAUUUCCUGACCAGCUUUUGUAGUAAGGUGGUCAUAUCUUAACACUCAUCUCCUGGUCAAGGCUGCAGGAAAAGACAAGAGAAUCUGCCAGCAUCGAUUUCCUCCCAUCUUUUCUACCAGGUGCACACCAGCUAGUCCUGGGCCGAGGUCAGGGAUUGUUGGCUUUUUGAUUUUCUUUCCUCACUUCUGUGGUGGUAUGGUGUUUUGUUUUUUUUUUAACAGAAUUUUAUUUUUUAAAUAAAGAUUCUUUAUAAGAAAGUUCUUCAAUUGCACCCCUGCAUUACAGCCAGUAUUACAUCUGUCCUUUGCAUAAUGGCAUUGACAACAUGGCUAUCAUGGGGAAUGUAUGAACACUGCUGUUCUUUGCCUGGAAUUUGCUCCUUUUUGAUCUUGACUGUGGCCUUUUUUAUGUGCCUUCACUUGAGUUUCUUGCCUUAAUCUCUGCAGUCUUGCUGUCUGGGAAGGUGAACAAAAUGCAACACUUGGCGUUUUUUAUGUAUAAAACAGUAUUUUUAUUUAUAAUAAAGUCUGAAUAUUUGUAACCCCUCA